AUGUCCGCGAAAGCAAUUCGAGAGUACGAUGGAAAACUCCUUUUGUCCCAUUGGCUUCUUCGCUCCCCAUUUCUCUUUGAGACCUCGGACGCGUCCAAAUUUGCACCACCAGUUUCCAAACUUGCUCACGUCUCUUUCGACACCUCCAUCCUCGCAGACGCAACCAAUAUUAAUCCUCAAAUAGUCUUCAACAAUCAUGUUACUCGAACCCUAGAUACCUUGGAAAACACGCAUCCUUGGUUAUUGACCGACAAGUUGGUGGUGAAACCAGAUCAGCUCAUAAAAAGACGUGGAAAGUCGGGACUGUUGCUAUUGAAUGCUGAUUGGAAGGAUGUCAAAGAGUGGCUUAUCGAAAGAGCCGGCAAAGAAGUUCAGGUGGAUCAUGUAACUGGAGUGUUGAAAACUUUCCUCAUCGAGCCAUUCGUUUCCCAUCCCUCGCACACAGAAUAUUACAUCAACAUCAAUUCCGUUCGCGACGGAGACUACAUCCUGUUUACUCAUGAGGGCGGUAUUGAUGUGGGUGACGUUGACGCUAAGGCGUUGAAAGUAUUGAUUCGCGUGGAUGAGGGUUGCCCCACGUUGCAGGAGAUUAAAGAAAAGUUGUUGGUUAACGUUCCGGAAAACAAGAAAGACAUAUUGGUUGACUUUAUCUCUCGUCUAUAUUCGGUGUACGUUGAUCUGCAUUUUACAUACCUUGAAAUUAAUCCGCUGGUUGUGUUGGAUCCUGGAUCCGCCGAAGAGGCUCCAAAUAUAUAUUACCUGGAUUUGGCCGCCAAACUAGAUCAAACGGCAGAGUUCGAAGCUGGGCCGAGAUGGGCAAUCGCUCGUUCGCCAAAAAACACCGGUAUUCAUGCCAAUAAUGGAAAAUCGAAGACCCAGAUCGAUCAAGGGCCGCCAAUGGAAUUCCCUGCACCUUUCGGCCGAGAGUCAACCAAGGAAGAAGCAUACAUACAAGAGUUAGAUUCAAAAACCGGUGCAUCCUUGAAGCUAACAAUUCUAAAUAAAAAUGGAAGAAUAUGGACCAUGGUCGCUGGUGGUGGUGCUUCUGUUGUUUACAGUGAUGCAAUCGCCUCUCUAGGAUUUUCCAGUGAACUUGCCAACUAUGGUGAAUAUUCGGGAGCUCCAACAGAGACGCAGACAUACGAGUAUGCAAAGACGAUACUCGAUUUGAUGACCCGGAACCCUGUGCCACAUCCGGACGGAAAGAUAUUUAUAAUUGGUGGUGGGAUUGCAAAUUUCACAAACGUGGCCGUCACUUUCACGGGUCUAAUUCGGGCGUUAAAGGAAUUUAAACAACCAUUACUAUUGCACAGAGUAAGGAUUUUCGUGCGUCGAGGUGGUCCCAAUUAUCAAGAAGGUUUAAGGGCCAUGAGACAGUUGGGUGACGAUCUGGGCAUCGAGAUUCACGUUUUUGGCCCUGAAACUCACAUCACCGAGAUUGUCCCCUUGGCAUUGUUGGGACACGGGUCGGGACUGGAAAAAAAUAUUUCUGAACGAACCCUCGAACCGGCAAACACCUUGCAAGAUCAAAUUUUCGAUUCAGACUCCGUUAAUAAGGACAAAAAACAGAGUAGCAACAAUAUCGCCGAGGCGACUCCAAUCACUAAUCCACGGGAACGAAUGACAUUUUUCGAAAAUCCCACAACUCGAGAACGUCCAUGGUAUGCUGCGUUUACUAACGAAACGCGUGCUUUUGUGUAUGGGAUGCAACCUCGCGCGGUGCAAGGAAUGCUGGACUUUGAUUAUAUUUGUAAACGACACGUCCCCUCGGUUGGCGCAAUGAUUUAUCCAUUCGGCGGAAAUCACGUGCAAAAAUUUUACUGGGGAACUAAGGAAACCUUGCUUUCCGUUUACAAUAACCCCGAGGAUGCCAUUAAAAACUAUCCAGAAGUUGACACAGUCGUAAACUUUGCCUCUUCCCGUUCCGUUUAUGAAUCAACCCUUGAAUUUUUCAAGUAUUCCAAUCAAAUCAAAACAAUUGCCAUUAUUGCUGAAGGUGUUCCUGAGCGUUAUGCUCGAAAGAUUCUUCAUGAAGCUAAGAAACGAGGCGUUUUGAUUGUAGGCCCAGCGACCGUCGGCGGCAUCAAGCCUGGUUGCUUUAAAAUUGGUAAUACCGGAGGGAUGAUGGACAACAUAGUUUCAUCAAAAUUAUAUCGUCCAGGCUCGGUAGCCUAUGUGUCAAAAUCUGGUGGAAUGUCCAAUGAAUUGAAUAAUAUCAUCUCCAGGACGACAGAUGGCGUUUACGAGGGGGUGGCCAUUGGUGGUGAUCGGUACCCGGGGUCAACUUUUAUUGAUCACUUGUUGCGUUUUGAAAGUGAUCCUGCAUGUAAGAUGUUAGUCUUGCUUGGCGAAGUUGGUGGAGUCGAAGAGUAUCACGUGUGUAACGCUCUUCGCGAAGGACGCAUCAAAAAACCCUUGAUCGCCUGGUGCAUUGGGACUUGUGCCAAGAUGUUUUCAACCGAGGUACAAUUUGGCCAUGCAGGUGCCUUAGCUCAAUCAGACUUGGAAACUGCUGACGCGAAGAACAAAUCUCUCAGAGAUGCGGGCGGUAUUGUUCCGGAAACUUUUGAAAAAUUGCCUUUGGUAUUACAUGAGACCUACCAAAAACUUGUUUCAGAAAAGAUUAUCAUUCCCGCGCCAGAACCAGAAAUCCCCAAGGUACCAAUAGAUUAUUCUUGGGCCCAAGAGCUUGGUCUAGUUCGCAAACCCGCAAGCUUUGUGUCGACUAUUUGUGACGAUCGUGGUCAGGAAUUAUUGUAUGCGGGAAUGAGGAUAUCAGAUGUGUUCAAGGAAAACAUUGGAAUCGGUGGUGUUUUAAGUUUACUUUGGUUCAAAAGACGUCUUCCGGACUAUGCAUGCAAAUUUAUUGAAAUGAUAUUGAUGUUAACCGCGGACCAUGGUCCCGCCGUCUCUGGCGCUCAUAACACUAUCGUUACUGCUCGUGCGGGCAAAGAUCUCAUAUCGAGCUUAUGCUCUGGAUUACUGACGAUAGGAGAUCGGUUCGGAGGCGCCCUUGACGGUGCAGCCGAGCAGUUUACCAGUGCUUACGAUAAGAGUCUAACGCCUCGGGAAUUUGUCGAUUCGAUGCGAAGACAAAACAAACUCAUCCUUGGUAUCGGUCAUAAAAUUAAAUCACGCAACAAUCCUGACCUCCGCGUGGAGAUCAUCAAAGAUUUUGCCAGGAGCAAUUUUCCUGCCACAAAGUUGCUCGACUAUGCGUUGGCUGUUGAAGAGAUAACUACCAACAAAAAGGAUUCGCUCAUUCUUAAUUUAGAUGGGUCUAUUGCUGUUUGCUUUGUCGACUUGCUGCGUGAGUCAGGUGCCUUCACAAGAGAUGAGGCUGAAGAAUAUAUUAAGAUUGGCGCAUUGAAUGGAUUGUUUGUUCUCGGAAGAAGUAUAGGCUUCACCGGUCACUAUCUGGAUCAGCGAAGACUGAAACAAGGUCUUUAUCGACACCCAUGGGAUGAUAUUUCUUAUUUGGUACCGGGCGCGGAAACCGGUCGUACAUUUGUUAGUCAAGACACUAACGAUCACCUCAGGUGUCUCAAUGCCGGAAAAAUGGUAAAACCAUGA